AUGGCCGAAAAGGUGGCUACUCGAGAUGUCGAGAACGCGGUAGACUACUCCGAGUCCGAUGUUGUUGACCCAGCUCGCGAGGCGCGCGAGAAGGCUUUGGUUUGGAAGCAGGAUCGCAGGAUUGUGCCUCUUUGUGCGGCUAUAUAUCUUUUGUGUUAUUUGGAUCGGUCUAAUAUUGGAAAUGCCAAGAUCCUCAAUCAGAAUACCCAUAAUGAUCUUCUUUCGGAGACGAAUAUGACUUCAUAUCAGUAUACGAUUGCAUUGAUGGUAUUCUUGAUUGCGUACGCACUGUUCGAAGUUCCAUCAAAUUACUUCUUGAAGAAACUCCGCCCAAGUCGAUGGAUAGCUUUUCUCAUGCUUUCCUGGGGCGCCACGACAAUGGGUCUCGGUGGCGUGCACAACUAUGCCCAAGUCACAGGACUGCGCUUCCUGCUCGGUGUCAUGGAAGCCGGCCUUUUCCCAGGGUUCGUCUACUAUCUGACAUUCUGGUACCGAAACUCCGAGCGAUCCAUGAGAGUAGCCUUGAUCCUAGCAUCUGCAACUCUGGCCGGUGCUUUUGGCGGUGCAAUUGCAUUUGGCGUUGGCCAUAUGAACGGUGCACAGGGACUUUCCGCAUGGCGAUGGCUGUUCAUUAUCGAGGGUGCACCGUCUUGCGCUUCGGCUGUUCUGGUUUGGUUCUUCUUACCAGACUACCCAGAGACUGCAAAUUGGCUAUCUGCCGAAGAGAAAGAAUUGGCGGCAGAUCGGUUGAGAUUGGAAGGAUCGAAGGGCUCGGCGAGUGCUAUGUCUUGGGCGGAUGCGAAAGCAGUGUUGACCGAUUGGCGGCUGUAUGCCCACUACGCUGUUUACUUUGGUAUCUCUACGCCUUUCUCAAGCCUUUCUCUCUUCACACCGGCAAUCACAGCUGGCCUGGGUUAUUCGAACCUGCGUGCCCAGCUCAUGACUGUGCCUCCGUAUGCCGUUGCAUAUGUCGUGACAGUUACUGUAGCAUGGUCUGCCGACCACUUUAACAGUCGUGGCCUCCACUCCGCUAUCUUCUCAUUCAUCGGAGCAAUGGGCUUCCUAGCCUCCGCCGUCCUCCCCGCCGAUGCAUACCUACACCGUUACGGCUGCCUCAUAGUCGCCGCCAGCGGCGCAUUCGCCUGUAUUCCCCCUCUCCUGGGCUGGCUCUCCUCGAACCUCCGCUCCACAGCCGGCGCCGGUCUUGCCAUCGCCCUGAACGUAUCCUUCGGUGCCCCUGGCCAAAUCGUCGGCGUCUGGAUCUAUAAAAGCAACGAGGCGAAAAAGGGGUAUCCAACGGGUCAUUGGACAAAUGCAGCACUAUUGCUAUUCGUCGCAGUUGGAUGUGUACUACUGAGGUUGUAUUAUGGGUGGAGAAAUAAUCGGGGCUUCGGUGAUGGAACGGGUAAGAAGUUUGCAUAUUAG